CUCCUGGCCUAGUACCAGUCAAAGCAUAAGAAGAAAAAAUGUCUCCAAAACUGACAGUUUUGUUAGUUAUUUUCUCCCUCCUUUCCCAUACAACAUUUGAGUCGGAUCCAGACCCGGUUCAAGAUUUUUGCAUACCCAACACGAAAUUCAACACUAUUAGAACCACCCGGUACGACAAUCUCCCUUGCAAAAACUCCACAGAGGUGUCACCGGACGAUUUCAUUUUUUCUGGCAUCAAAUCCCCUGGAAAUUUCUCCGACACGGGCCUCUCGACAAUACCCGUUAACCCGACAAAUCUUCCGGGUCUUAACACAUUAGGGAUGUCAUUUGUACGUGCCGAUCUCAAAGUUGGUGGGUUUAAUGCUCCGCAUUUCCACCCAAGAGCCACCGAAAUUGUGUAUGUGGUGCAAGGAAGAGUUUAUUCGGGUUUUGUGGAUUCAACAAACCGGGUUUUCGCUAAGGUGACUGAGCAAGGGGAGGUCAUGGUGUUCCCUAGGGGCCUAGUACAUUUUCAGAUGAAUGUUGGAAAAUCGACGGCUACAAUUUUCGGAAGCUUUAACAGUCAAAAUCCAGGAAUGCAGAAAAUCCCUUCUGUAAUUUUUGGUUCUGGAAUUAAUGAUGAGCUUUUGGAGAAGGCAUUUGGAUUGAGUCCUAAACAAAUUGGAAUGAUGAGGAGAAGGUUCAUUCCGAAAAGGGUGAGGAGUUGAAGGGCAUUUCUGUCAAUUGUGCGAGUUAUUAAUACUAUGUAUGUCUUGUGGGUUUUAUUAUUUGAAUAAUGCUAUAUGUACUAAUUAGUGUACUAACUAGUGUUCUAAUUGAUGAUGUGACAUAAUUUAAAAGGUUUUUGGUAUUUGUAA